GUUAUUUCCUAAUUGCUUAUGCCUCAACAGUAUAGAAAAUGGCUGUUAUUCCCCACAAACUUUGCUUUUGUGACCAGGACAGUGAUAUUUUGAAAUGUACCUAUUUUCCAGAACAUUCCAGAUAGAUUCAGUGCUGCGUAAACUUGGAGUAACUUCUAGAACUUUCUAGAACUUUCCAGUAAUAUAAAUAGUAGUAUAAAUACAGGGGCCUUAAGCCCACCAGUUCAGUUUAGUUCCAGCUGCCUAAGUGGAUACAUAUCUGCAUUUUUCUGAGAUGGCAUCAAGAGGCUGCAAGCAUUUUGCUAUGUCUGCUGCCAAUUUAUCAAGACAAGAGCGAAAAAGUACUCAGUGGAAGCAUCUGCUAAGAUGUGUGAGGCCUACAAGGCAUAUUUCGGCAUGCCUGUCGGGGAUUCAAGACAAACCCUGGGCACCUCAUUUCACCUGCGAACACUGCACAAAAACUCUGGAAGGAUGGUACAGAGGGGAAAAGAGAGCCAUGAAGUUCGCUAUCCCAAGAAUUUGGCGGGAACCCACUGACCACUCAAGCAACUGCUACUUCUGCAUGGUGGACCCUUCCAAACGUCGGACUGGCAAGAAUGCACCUGCUAUCACGUAUCCGGACCUUCCUUCAUCCAUCGCCCUGGUGCCACACUGCCAUGAGCUCCCGGUACCCACUCCUCCGGAGAGAGAGCAGCCGUCUUUAGAAGAGAGCAGCAAGUCAGAGAGCGAGGAAGACGUUGUAGAUCCAGAUGACAAUUUCAGAGGUGGAGCUGAGGAGAGAAACCCAUACUACCCCAACCAAAAAGACCUCAACGACUUGAUUACAGAUCUUGGUCUCACCAAGUCCAAUGCCGAGCUUUUGAUGUCUAGGCUCAAGCAGUGGAACUUGUUGGAUGAAAGUGUGCAAGUCGCAGAUCAGAGGAAGCGUCACCAACCUUUUUCCAGCUUCUUCACCCGUCAAGAUGGGCUCUGCUUCUGCCACAAUGUGACCAGUCUGUUCGAGGCAAUCGGAAUCGCCUGUAACCAGAAUGAGUGGCGCCUCUUCAUUGACAGCUCAUCCAGGAGCCUCAAAGCCGUGCUGCUCCAUAAUGGUAACAAGUACCCGUCUCUUCCCCUGGCUCACUCGGUGCACCUCAAAGAGGAUUACAACAGCUUCAAGACCUUGCUGGAUGCCUUGAAGUAUGAUGAGUACGGCUGGGAGGUCAUAGGAGACUUCAAAAUGGUGGCAUUCCUGAUGGGUCUCCAAGGCGGCUUUGCCUUUGGGACAGCAGGGACACCAAGGGGCACUACCACAGGCGGGACUGGCCACAGCAGACCGAGUUCUCUGUGGAGAGGAACAACGUCAAGUGGGAGCCACUGGUGGACCCCCGGAAGGUGCUGAUGCCACCACUGCACAUCACAUUGGGCCUUAUGAAACAAUUUGUCAGAGCUCUAGAUAAGGAGUCGGCAGCCUUCAAGUACCUUCAAGACUUCUUCCCUAAGCUGUCUGAGGCAAAGGUCAAAGCCGGUGUCUUCGUCGGACCACAGAUAAAGAAGAUCCUGGAGUGCAAUGAAUUCCCCAAGAAGCUCACUAGUAAGGAGAAAGCGGCUUGGAACAGCUUUGUCGCAGUGGUUCGGGGCUUCCUGGGCAAUCACAAGGCCGAAAACUAUGUGGAGCUGGUUGAGACUCUGGUGAAGAACUACGGCACAAUGGGCUGUAGGAUGUCCCUCAAGGUCCAUAUCCUUGAUGCUCAUCUUGAUAAAUUCAAGGAGAACAUGGGAGCGUACUCGGAGGAGCAAGGCGAGCGCUUCCACCAGGAUAUACUGGACUUUGAAUGCCGCUACCAAGGACAGUAUAGCGAGAACAUGAUGGGUGCCUACAUUUGGGGGCUGAUUCGUGAAAGUGAUUUACAGUAUAAUCGUAAAUCUCGAAAAACUACUCACUUCUAAAUCUUUUGUAGUCAUUUUUGUAUUACUUUAGUAUAAAUACAUGUUAAUUUGGAUUCAUAUGUUGUUUGUGAACGAAAAGACACAAAUUCGCCCGUUUUCUCAUUGGAAAUAGGUAAAUUUCAAAAUAUCACUGUCCUGGUCACAAAAGCAAAGUUUGUGGGGAAUAAUAGCCAUUUUCUAUACUUUUGAGGCAUAAGCAAUUAGGAAAUAACACUUACUACCCAGGAACAAAAAUUGUGUUACAUAGUGUUGUUAUUGAAUGUGAAUAUUACUUUUUACUCAAUAUCCGGCAGAGUGUCGUGCUGUGUUAUAAGGCAAAGAAAAUGUACUAACUGGUAGUGUGUUAGUCGAGGUUAGCAAUGCAUAUAACUUUAUGAAACUGCAUUCCUGACUGUGGUGGAAACACAGUGGCGCUAGUAGCAAACAUUUCUCCUCCGCUUUUUAUUUUUCCUGUGCUAAAACCGGUUUAUCAUGGAAGUCAGACUCAUAACGCCAUCAAGGGACCCCUCACUUUCCAGAUUCUAGUUUGCUAAAGUUAAACCCAACAGCAAAACAACAGAGGACUGUGAUGCAGUUAUAUAUAUAAGCUUCAGAUAUUACAACUCGAAAGAAGGAGGCUUAAUUUGCAUCCCAAAUCCAUAUUUGAAUAAUAAAAUGAGCUUGCAAUUCCCUCAUCCUCAGCCUUUGAUGAGUGAUUUGCAUAGCAUCUGUUCUCAUGGUGAAUGGAAUUAUUGCCAUUCAAAUGUGUGUUCUGAGAACCAUGGCCAUUAUUAUUGCAGUACCCGGAUAUCUUAAUCGGGAUAAACUGUUACAAUAUUGUCAAAGUGUUUACUUCAGUUUAAAAUAUUUGGAAAAUUCCAAUUUAUCUUGAGAGUACCUAAGAGCAUACUUACUGUAGUUAUUAAAAUCGGAUGGGUUAGUUAGUUAUUAUUGUUAUUUAUUUAUUUCUUAGCAGACGCCCUUAUCCAGGGCAACUAUCAGUUGUUACAAAGUAUAACAUUACAAAGUAUCACAAUACAAAAUACCACAUUACAGAGAACAGUUAUAAACUACAGUAAAAUACAGUGGUUUGAGAGCGAUUCCGACUGAGGGCGGUUCAUCUUAAAAUAGUUGUAUGGUUAUAUGGUUCUAGGUCUGUAAAAUAAUAAACAAAAUAACACUGGCAGUACUAUAUACAGUAUUAUGUAACAUAUGUUAAACACUUGGGUGUUUGUGUGUCGUAUUGUAGCGUACACGGGGGAAGGCAACAGCAGGGUGUAAUCACAAACACAAAGAUAAGCCCGAUACAUGCUCCUUCCUUGCAACGGAACCGGCUUUUGUCGGGCUUGUGUCUUUUGAACGAGAGGUCCCCUUGUCCGCGCCCGCCCUGCGCCUGGAUGUGGAUUGCCUCGCCCUGUGUGAUGCGCCUGCCUGCAGGAACUGAGGUUCAGUAUAUUACAUAAAAAAAACCACAAAUAUGUGCAUACAAUCGCUUGCAUAUAAAUUAUAUUACAUUGUUAAAAGUUUUUAGUGUAAGGUAGUCCAAAACAGUUCUAAUCGCGGUCUUUGAAACCAGAUAUAUGCCUUCAUCAUAAAGCAUAUAGAGUGGGUCUUUCUUCAAAACAGGUAUGUGGAGCCGGAGAGCUGUGGUGCUCAUGGUCAAGCAAUGGGUUAGUCUCGAGCACCGAAACACUGGAGGGUAAUGGAAAUAUCUGGUCAUUGAUCGCAGUUAAUUAUAGUAUUAUUUAUUUUAAAAAUACUGUCUAUGUGCAUAGAUUGAAUAAUUUAUUCAUAUUAUGAGGAGUACCUGCGCUGGUUUUCCUUAUUCAGUAAAAACAAACAAA